AUCAAUACUUAACAAACGACCUUGUUUUAAAAGCAUACACUGAUAAUGAGUGAUAAAACACGUAACAAGUAAUACGGAUCAUAGAAAUAUACUUUAUACUAUUACAACAAUGAGCUGGAGUUGCUUAUUGUCAAAUUAUUCUUUCUUUGGCUUUGUAUUGCUGUGCCUCUAUCUUUUUAUUAAAUCCUACAGAUUUAAGCAGAAAUUAGCGAGUUUUAAAGACAGAUAUGUACUAAUAACCGGAUGCGACACAGGAUUCGGAAACAAACUAGCGAAACGCUUGGACGUGCUGGGUUUCAAAGUUUUUGCAGCGUGUUUCACACAGAAUGGAGUGGAGGAUUUAUCAUCAACCUGCUCUAAGAACGUAUUUCCUCUCCGAAUGGACGUUACAAACGAUGACAGUAUAAACAGGACGGUGGAAGAAGUCACAAAUCUCCUACCUGAAAAGAAGGGCCUAUGGGAGGUGGUAAACAACGCGGGAGUCUUGGGAACCACGUCGGGUCCAACGUUCUGGGCGACACGGGCUGACUACGACAACGUCCUAGCCGUCAAUCUGUACGGGGUGGUACUGGUCACCAACGCCUUCAUGCCGCUCAUUAUGAAGGAGAAGGGAAGGGUGGUGAACAUAUCCAGCGUCCUCGGAAGGUUUGCUUUCUCGAACGCGCCGUACGCGGUUUCCAAACAUGGCGUCGAGGCGUUCUCUGAUAACUUGAGGAGGGACGUUUACAAGAUGGGAGUGACAGUCCACAUGUUGGAGCCCGGCAUCAUCAAGACGCCCCUCGUAAACAUUGAGGCUCAGAAGAAAAGAACCGAGCAGAAACUGAAAACACUGCCAAUGGUCUGGAAGAAAGACUUGCCAUCAGACAUCGAGGACAUAAUGGUCAAGAAAUUCUCAGACUUAGUGGACAAGUUGGGCAGCAGUAACCUUGACCUCGUUGUUGACGCCUACGAACACGCCAUCACUGCAAAGUACCCUAAAUACAGAUAUGUGGUAGGCUGGGACGCCAACUACAUCUUUCGCCCUCUUUGGAUGGUGCCAGAAUGGCUCAGCGACUUCCUUUUGCCCUGGCUUUAAACAACAUCAAUAUAUAACGCUAUAAAUAAGUGGUUAUCAAUUAACUUACGUAUUCGACGCGAUACUUGAACAAGAAUAUGGUUCUAAUCCAUUGCAAUUGACGACAAUACAUAUCAAAAAUCGCAUACCGGCUAAAACAUAUUUAUGCCGUUUUGAGUGGCCCGCGAGUGAAUGCGGUGGUUUUGUUUUUGCACCGAAAAUGGCGAGUAAUAGGCUUUACCAAGGAUGUCCCGGGGAUGCGGGGACGGAUAUUUCGUGGGGAUUUUACCAGUUAUUUGUCCCCGAAGGGCGUGCAUUUCACCUUGGAUUGGCUGAACCGAAAGUCAAAUUCCCCGCUUUUCCCCGGACCUUUGGGCGAGGGGGGAUGUUGUGUGAAGGUUACAAUUGACUGGUGCAUAACCAUUUUCAAUGGUUGUCGAAACUCGCCCUAAUACGAGAAUGCCAAGCAUUUAUUAAACUAAAGGUGGUUUCCAUUUUAUUUUCGUUUUACAUUUACUGUGUUUGAAAAUUAUUUUUGGAAUUACUAUUAUAUAUAUUUUGUAUGCCCAUGCUAGCCUAUUAAAUUCUUUGACCACUU